AUGAUUUUGACUCCUGGCGACUUUUCCAAUGCGUUCGAGGAGAUCAAAACCAUGUCCUUGACCCAUUCAACGUGCAAGUUGGUUGUGUUCGUGUCGUGUUUGAAUGUUGAUUCUAUUUGUGCGGGCAAGAUUCUGUGUAUGAUGCUGAAACGACAUCUGAUCGUGUUUCAGUUGAUCCCUGUUGUUGGAUACAAUGACUUGAAGACCAAGUAUAUUAAGCUAGACGAAGGAAUAUCGAACGUGCUGUUGGUUGGGUGUGGCUCAAUGGUUGAUUUGGAGAGUUUCCUUGAUAUAGACGUGUCGCAACACGUCGAGCAGGUCAACAGCACCGGUGCUCCAAUCACCCCAGACUCGUCAACAACAGAGCCCCAAAUCCGGCUAACCAGAAGAAUCUACGUGUUUGACGGCCACCGGCCGUGGAAUCUCGAUAAUCUGUUUGGUUCGCACAUGAUUGUGUGUUUUGACGACGGCACCGCUGAGCGAGAGCUGGAACCGCAGAGAGUUUCGUACGAGGCUCUGGUUGCAAUGGAGCAAGAACAGGGCGAGGACGAGGAGGAAGAACAGGAAGAAUUCGACGAUUUGGCCAGCGGGUCUGAGGACGAGAUGUUCACGCGCAAACGCAAAAGCGAGGACGCUGUUCCGGCCAGAAAACGCGUUCUCCUUGAACACGAAAAAACCAUCGAGGAUUACUACAAUCAGGGAACAACCGUUUCCAUGUCGGCCGCUAUCCAGGUGUACUCGCUGGUCUCCACCUUGGGCGAGUCGAGCGUGGACUAUCUGUGGUUAUCGAUCGUGGGGACCAGUUCUUUGAGUUCUAACUACACAAAUGCGUACGAGUCGCUAGUUCCGCUGCUCAAAGACGAGCUCAACAGAAUACAACAAUCGGACGAUAUUUCCUCGACUGCAGAGUCGAGCUUCGACGACAACAGAGGAAAGAAGGCAGAUAACACCGCGUUGAAAGUCGACAAGGAUUACAGCCUGUUUCUGCUUCGACAUUGGAACCUGUACAACUCGUUUUUCUACUCCAAUUACGUGAACUCAAAGUUGCAGCUGUACACGAGCAACGGGAAACGGCGACUUAACACCAUGUUUGCCAGAAUGGGAAUAUCGCUUGCUGCUGCCAACCAGAACUGGCACUAUUUGGACAUCAAUCUAAAGAAGAAACUGCAUACCAUUUUCCGCAAGAACCUGGCUCAGUUUGGGCUCACAGACGUUAUCAGGGACGGGUUUGUGCGCAACUUUGGGUUCCAUGGGUCUGUUUCUGCGUGUGAUUUUGUGGAAGCCGUGACGGCACUAUUGGAAUACGAUGGAGAGUUGGUCAGCGACCAGGCCCCAAAAACACGGCCGGCUACGCCAGAGCAAGAGGAGGACGAGAAAGAUAUACGCACAUUGAUCAAAAGACGAGAGUCACAGUUUGUGGCCAAUUUCUGGAGAGCGUACGACGCGAUGGACGAUUUCGAUCUGAUUUCCAAGGGACUGAAAAUAGCCAAACUCCAACAGCAGUUCAUCUUUGAUAAAGGGUUUGAGAUCUUCCAAAAGAAGAUGAUCAAGAACCUGCGAAUUUUCAGACUCGUGGUUCUGAAAGACAACUUUGCAACUAAUAAUACCGUUUCGGACCAUUCGUUGGUUCCAGACUCCAGCAACUCGGACUCGAUCGAAAUUAGAACGUUCAGCAACAACGCCAAGCUUUUCCAGAACCCGCUCAUACUCACCAAGCUCGGCAACUGGAUCCUCGAGUCGUGUGCAGAGCUGGACAAGUCCGUGCUACCUUUGGUGAUUGCUUCCCUUGACGUUGACACAGGGACUUAUCUGGUUUGCGGACUGCCGCCAAAGUACCCCAACAUGAAGGGAGUCGAAGAAGCGGCCGAGAAGAUCACCGUGUUGAACACUUUUUCGCUGGCUUUCCAGGAAAUAGCAAAUAGCACCGGUGCCAAGGCGCGGAUCGACAGCUUCGAGAGCUCCAUGAUCGAGAUCAGAAAAGAUGAUCUGCCCAUGUUUUUAGAAAGACUCAGUCUUAGUGGACUUGUCUAG